CUGUGGCGGACCUUCUCGUGAGUACUGAGUAAACUUCUUGGUCUUCUCUUACCAUUCCACCGGACUUCGUUCCAUGAAACAGGUGCCAUUGCUUAGCCGCAAUUGUUGUUCACUUGAUGGAUCCUACGCAACGCUCCAGUAGACUUUCAUGGGCCUGCGGCCGAUGUCGCCGUCAGAAACUCAAGUGUGAUGUCCAAAAACCAUGCACGUUAUGUGUAAGAGCUGGUGCCAAAUGUGAGCCGCAGUCAGGAGCUCAGGGCUCUUCUUUGAAACGCAAGAGAUCGACUUAUUCAGAUGUGGACCGUGGGGCAGAAGUGACAACGCCGUCAACUGCUUCGGAGGAUGUGCAACAUCAUGUCCGGCUCUUACCUAGAAUCCCGGGUGCGAGCCCAUCAGACCAUGUUGCCUAUCCAGCCGGUUCUUCCCAUGUCGAUGGUUCUAGCCUCGAUAUCGCGCAAACCACAGCGGCAAGUCCUGAUGAAAGUCGACAAUAUGGCGCCAACGAGUCCACAAUGGGGUUUGCAAAAUUCGUGCUUGGAGAGGACGAUGAGAACGACUCGCCAGUCAAUGGACAGCUUCCGGGUGACGCACGGCAGUCAGAUACGGAUGAACAGACAUUCCCUUGGAUUUCGACCCGCUGGCCUUCACCGAGCGUCCUUCAAGUCGCUGUGGAUGCUUAUUUCGACCGGGUGAACUGGUACAUUCUGCUCUUCCACCAACCUUCCUUCACAGUUCGGGCCCAGAACAUUGUCCAACCAUCUGCGUGGAGACGAGACGGACUCUGUGAAGUGCUACUCGUGGCGGCAGUCGCAGCUUUUGGGUUGCGAUGUGUCCAGCACGACAAGACGUGGAAAGGACAUCGCGUGUUGGAGGCUCAUUCCGUGACAGCUAGUUCAGUCGUUGCCGACUUGAUGUCGCAGAUCGGGACGCACUUUUACGAAAUCAUGCUGGAGUCACGAAUCGAAGCAUAUCAGAUCUGCAUGUUGUUAACGACGUAUCAUGUUUACUUUGGAUCGUCAAACUUUGCCUGGAAUGUUUCUGGAGUGUCCAGCCGAACGGCAUAUGCACUUGCGCUUCAUUGCGACAAAGCACGAAACACCGAUGAGAUUGCUCGAGAAGUGGGCAACCGGUGCUGGAAUCAUUUGGUUGUAGCCGACCAAUUCUCAACCAUGAUACUCGGACGCCCAGCUUCGCUCGAUCCUGCUUUUGCGCAAUUCCGGAUGCUCACCGAGUUGGAUGAUACCGAGCUCCCAAGCAGCACAGCAGCACUUCCAAUAUUACAAGAGGACGAGCGCCCCGUCUCCUUUCUGACCUACCACACUCUCAAGUUUGAGAUUUAUCACAUCAUCCGACAGACGUUGCAGAGUUUCAAGGUCCUGCAACUGCCGAGUCCAGCCUCUGUUCAAGAUUUGAAGGCUUUCAUUCAGGUCGUGAACACCACAGAAGACAGAUUGAAGCAGUGGCAUGAGAAUCUGCCGGCAGUUUUCAAACCUUCACAAUGGUCAGCGGAGGAUCCCUGGAAUGUUCUUGAACUUGAACGAUGCACUCCGGAGGAACGCAGUGUUAGGAGGAAAUUGGGGUUGCAAGGCUUUAUCCUCCAGCUUCUACAUGAUGCCGCCAGGGUGUGGGCUCAUCGACCUCUGUUGAAACUCCGGAUAUCCCUGUCUCCAAACCAGGACAAGAUCCCGCUUGAUGACCUUCCUGACUCCCUAGGCACCUCAGUACGAGCGGCAUUGCGGAUGUCGGGCAUCCCAGUAAACGAGUUCGAGGGUCACGUUGCACAAUCGUUUGUGCUCAUGCACCUUUUUACCGCCGGGAUCAUCCUGUGCAUCGCGCCAACUUGUCAACCAUACAGUCAAGUGGCUGGGGAAGCGAAGGCGGGGGUGCUGAGGAUCAUCGCCGCCUGUAGGGCUAUCAAAGACGACAGCAAAAUCGCAAAGCAUACCGAUCAAAUGCUGACGAGACUUUACAAGAGAACAAUGGAACGUGAGAUGGAAAAUGCUCUACGAGUCUCAGACACAGGCAGACCCAAGGAUCGUAUCGGCCAGACGGUUGCAGGAAGGCAAUUUCAAGACAAUCAUGCCGCCCCUCAGUCACACCGGAGAGGCUACACGACGCCGCAGGCAACUUCUCAAGUGGACAUGGAGGCCGCGACCGCAGCCACAGUACAAAGCGAAACGCCAUCUGGCUUGGACUACCAAAAUGCCAACCGUGCCGAUGAGUGGCCUGACGAAUCUGUAGUCUCAUAUUUGCAGUUUGAGUCGCUUCACCACGCAGACAGGACGGACUUCCAUGUCGAUGAACACAUUGAUGAAGCAUAUGGUGCUUUUGAAGAAAUGUUCAACCUCGAUUUCGGCCAAUUUCCCUUCCAACCUUGAUCUAGCCAGUCAAGCAUAAUGUACACCCACAAGUGCGGUAGAGCACCCAGGAUAACCUAGUCAGACGCAGGAAUACCUUUCUAACCCUCUCAAAUGACCGUGGAUGGGGUCAGGAUAGUAACCACUCGCAACAAUGUUGCGCUCGUAGACUGUGGACGAAAAGAAAUUCUUAUGUUUCCGAUGUAGCCUCGACUGGCGACUUAUCGUCUCUCUGGGCGCUCUCUACCGGCCUGUCACGGGCUUGUUGUUGAGCGUAAUGCAUGGUGGCUGAUCGCCCUU